UGGGACGUCCGGCUUCCGAGCAGUAACCUUUGUUGUGCUAGCGACGAAAAAGAGUUAAAUAUGGGUGAUGUUGAGAAAGGCAAGAGGAUUUUUAUUCAGAAGUGUUCCCAAUGUCACACCGUGGAAAAGGGAGGCAAGCACAAGACUGGGCCUAAUCUCCAUGGUAUCUUUGGGUGGAAGACAGGUCAGGCCUCUGGAUUCACUUACACCGACGCCAAUAAGAACAAAGGCCUCAUCUGGGGAGAGGAUACACUGACGGAGUAUUUGGAGAAUCCCAAGAAGUAUAUCCCUGGGACAAAAAUGAUCUUUGUCAGCAUUAAGAAGAAGGGAGAAAUGGAAGACUUAAUAGCUUAUCUCAAAAAAGCUACUAAUGAGUAAUAAUUGGCCACUGCCU